AGGGCCUCCCAGGGCUCCCCACACGCAGCCAUAGGGCUCUGUGGGGCUGAGCACAUGUGGGCACAGCCAGCACCGUAUGCGAUGGGGACAUCCAGAGAGCAUUGGGUGGAGGGACACGCGGCCAUGCCGGGGAGCAGAGCGCUCUGGGGGGGCUUUUAAGUGCUCUGUACCAGCAGUGCUGCUACCAUGAAGGACUUCACCGAAAUCAUGCUCUGCCCCGAGGCUGUGGAGCGCAGCGAGACUGAGUUCUGCAACCCCGUCUUCGAGGGCGAGGAGCCCCUGGCGGUGCCCCCAGCUGAGCAGCCACCAGACGAGGAUGGGGUGGGAGCCACAUCACCCCAGGAUGCCCUCGGCCGGCAGCUCUGGGUGCAGGCGGGCUGGCAGUACCGUGCGGACUGCAGGUUCACCUGGCUCUGCGUGGCUCUGAUGAGCGCCGUUCUCCUCUUCCUCAUCGCCCUCCUGCUGGGCAUCAUCAUCCACCCAUGCGGUGGGACCCUACAUGGCCCCGAGGGCUCCUUCAGCUCCCCCAACCACCCCGGCCCCUACCCACCCCAUGCUCUCUGCAUAUGGCACAUUGAGGUGGCGGCUGGCAUGGCCAUCCAGCUGACCAUGGAUGCAUUCAGCGUGGAGGGCACCGCUUCCUGCCUCUUCGACCGGCUGGAGCUCUAUGAGGAGCAGGGGGCCCGGGGGGGCACUGCCAGGUUCUGUGGCAGCGUGGUCCCCCCAACCUUCAACAGCAUCUCCAACCGCCUGCGUGUCACCUUUGUCUCUGAUGGCAGUGUGGGGGCACCAGGCUUCAGUGCCCGGUACCGUGCUGUGGCCCCCAGUGAGAAGAGCUGUGCAUGGGAUGAGCACUUUUGUGACCACGGGCUCUGCAUCCACCUGGGCUUUGUCUGCGAUGGGUUCCACGACUGCGAGGAUCGGAGCGAUGAGGCCAACUGCAGCGUGAAGCACAAAGAGUGCGGGGGGCCGCUGACCGCCCUGGAGGGGCACCUCUCCACCCCGAGCCACCCCCAGCCAUACCCACACCAGCAGCUGUGCCUGUGGCAGAUCUCCGUGCCCCUGGGUCACGUCAUAGACCUGCACUUCCACAACUUCAGCCUGGAGUCACACGAGGACUGCAGCUUUGACUUCGUGGAGGUUCACGACAGUGCAGGCACCGGAACUGCCAGCCUCAUGGGCAGGUUCUGUGGCCACCAGCUGCCACCCGCCCUGACCUCGUCGCGCCACGUGAUGACAGUCCUCUUUGUGGCAGAUGAAGGAGUAGCAGACACCGGCUUCUUUGCCACCUACCAAGCCCGCAAUGCCACGGAGAAGACCUGCAGCCCCGCAGAGUUUUCCUGUGGCAACGGUGAGUGCCGGGCACUGGAGUCCGUGUGUGACGGCUGGCACGACUGCCCCGAUGGCACCGAUGAGCUGAACUGUACUGGGGUCUCCUACCCUGCAUUCGGCUCCAUCUGCGAGCCUGUGGAGGUGGAGAUGUGCCUGGGGCUGGGUUACAAUGCCACCUCCUUCCCCAACAUCUGGCUGGCCAUCCCGGACCAGGCAGGGGCCGCCGAGGUGCUGCAGGACUACCAGACGCUGAUGGAGCUCGCCUGCUACCAGCACCUCCGCCUGCUCAUCUGCAGCCUCUUUGUGCCCAAGUGCACGCCGGAUGGGGGUGUCCUGCAGCCCUGCCGUGCUGUCUGCCUGGCUGCUGAGCUGCGCUGCCAGCACUCCCUGGGUCUCCUCGGCAUCCUCUGGCCCAUCAACUGCAACAUCCUGCCUGACUCCAACGACCCCGUGGAGUGCUUCCAGCCCUGAGACGGAGAGGAAAUAGGAGUGGGGGCUGCGAAAGAGCCCCAAACCUCCCUUCUGCUCCAGCUGUGAGGUGUCCUGCCCUGAGGCCUGCCAGUUUGCUCUGUGCUCAGCUCAGUGCCCAGAUGCCAUGGGCUUUUUGCAGGACUGAGUUCCCGGAGAGGGACUCUGAGCCCUCAGCAGCAGAGCUGUUAAUGCUCCGUGAAUGGAACAGGGCUUGGCCAGGGUGAGCCAGGCUGCAGGCUGUCCCCCAGAGCCAGCAGAAUAAAGAAUGUGAGCAGCUGAUGAA